UCGUGCUGCCGGUCCAAGGCCGAUCUGAGUCUGCGUCUGCGUUUUAGGGGCGACCGAAAAUGCUCUAUAAAAGCGAAGAUCCGAUCUGGUAGUGGCAUCAGUUCAGCGCCUUGGUUCAUCUCCAACAGGUCAACAUCAUCAACAUGAAAAUCUUCGUCUGCUUGCUCGCCCUUGGCGCCGUGGCCCAUGCCGGCUUCAUUGGUGGCUCAGGAGGAGGUGGCGGAGGAGGUGGUGGCUACGGUGGAGGCGGCGGCGGCGGUGGCUACAGCUAUGGCGGCGGUGGCGGCGGCGGCGGUGGACAUGAUCAUCAUGAUCAUGGCGCUGCUGCUCCUGUGAAGGUCAUCAAAGUGAUCCACGAGAGUGCACCCUCAGGAGGCGGCGGUGGCUGGCAGUCAGGUGGAGGAGGCGGCGGUGGCUGGCAGUCAGGAGGCGGCGGUGGAGGAUACGGCGGCGGCGGCGGCCAUGGAGACGGUGGCGGUCAGGAGAUCAAAAUCAUCAAGAUCAUCUCCCAGCAGGCGUCUUCUGGAGGACAUGGCGGUGGCGGCUGGUCUUCCGGCGGUGCUUCCAGUGGCGGAUGGUCCUCGGGCGGAGCCUCCAGCGGUGGCUGGUCAUCCGGAGGAGGCGGCGGUGGUGCUGGCUCUGCUGUCAAGAUCAUCAAAAUCAUCUCCGAAGCGGAUUCUGGAGCUGGUGGUGGCGGCGGAUGGGCACAGGGCGGUGGUCAGUCCGGCGGAUGGGCUCCAGCUGGUGGCUGGGCCCAGGGUGGCGGCGGCGGCGGCAGCUGGUAA